GCCAUAGAUAAAAACAACUUGGCUUGCUACACUAUUAUAUUAUUUACAAUUCUUCUUGCUUAACAUAACUUCUAACUUCCUCAGUGCUUCGAAUUUAGCUAUAGUCUAUUUCACGAGCAGAGAGCUUGUCAAGUUUUAAGCUCCAAUAUACGUCUUUAACGUCAAUAUCUAUCUACUUACCUAUCUAUCUACUUCGUUUACCCCUCUCGACCAUAUCUUUUUUUGGCGUGAUUUGACCGCCACUUCUUGCACAAAAUGGCUGCGCAAGAUGGACCGCAGGAGGAUGUGUACGCUACACUUCUUCUAAGCGACACAUAUUUGCCUGGUGCUUUGGUGCUUGCGCACUCCCUACGAGAUGCUGGUACAACCAAGAAGCUGGCCGCCCUGGUCACGCAGGAUAACGUAGCGCCCGAAGUCAUAACAGAGCUUCAGACUGUCUACGACUAUAUCAUUCCGGUUGACACGAUACGCAAUACGCAAACGGCAAAUCUGCACCUGAUGGGUCGAGCCGACUUACACUCUGCCUUUACCAAGAUCAACUUGUGGAAGCAGACCCAAUUUCGAAAGAUCGUGUAUAUCGAUGCUGAUGUCGUCGCCUACCGGGCCCCGGAUGAACUCUUUGCGUUGGAUCACCCAUUCUCCGCAGCUCCCGAUAUUGGCUGGCCGGAUCUCUUCAACACUGGUGUCAUGGCUCUAACUCCGAAUCUGGGUGACUACCAUGCCAUGUUGGCAAUGGCCGAGAGAAGCAUCUCCUUCGACGGCGCCGACCAGGGUCUUAUCAACAUGCACUUCAAGAACAACCACAACCGCCUUAGCUUCUCUUAUAAUGUUACCCCCUCUGGUCACUACCAGUAUAUCCCUGCUUAUCGCCAUUUCCAAUCUAGCAUUAGCUUGGUUCAUUUCAUCGGUGCCGACAAGCCUUGGUUCAGAGGGAGAAGCGCCAGCACUGGAAGUUCACCGUAUAACGAAAUGACUGGGAGAUGGUGGGCUGUUUAUGAUCGACAUUACCGUGGAUCGACCAAUUCAGAGCUUGUGCAAUUCCUUACCAAAGGAGAGUACCAGUCCAACGGUACCACUAAGAAUGCAUACAUCCGAGGGCGUUCGCAAAACGGGAAUUCAUCAUUCCACUCCAGCACGUCAAGCUGGGACGCUCAGAGACAUGCUCCCCCACAAAAUUCCAGACCGGAAGCUAUGAACUUCCCCUCUACCGUAUAUCACAUGUCUCAAGAUACUACUCAGUGGGUCGCACCUAAGUGGUAUGAACCCCCUAGGGAGCCUGGAGCGCCCCCCUUGAAACAUAUAUUCCCUUGGGAGACUCAACGAUCCGCGCCUGCUCGCGUGUUCGCUGAGGAUUACCCCCAAGAGCCCGAGGAGGAGGAGGAGGAGGAACCUGAAGAGGAAGAAGAAGAGGAGCUCGAAGAGGAACCUCUGUCUAGUGGCGCACAAACGCCUACGGGUGGACCAUGGAAUGCGCCUUCUGUUACAGAUGCAUCCACGGAUGAUGACCAGAGGAGCGAGCUGGUCACACCAACCACACCAACUGUUCAUAUCACACCGGCUACUUGGACCUCGUUUACCAUGACUAAUGCCUGGGACGACGUACCCGAAAUUGAACGCUACGUUGAUAAGAUACAAAGGCACAAGCAAAAGCCGAGCCUCAAAUCUCCUCCUAGCGCGGUAUUGUUGCAGGAUCAUGCCCAACAGCCUGAGGCUACUCAUCGUAGGCGAGGAAGCAAAGUUACCGACUUCCCUAGCGAAGCUGAGCGUCCUAGCUUGCCAGUCACCCCAGCGCCAGUCCGCCGAGCAAAAUCGUGGGGUGGCAAUAAUGACAACCCGCUGCUGCCGGCUGCACAAGGUGUGCCGGCGCAGUCUGAAUGGGUAUGUGAGCAUGGGACUCGGUGGACCCCUGAGGCUUGCCUCUGUGAUAUAACUAACAUACUACGCUCUGAAAAGGACCCUGCAGCCAAGCUACAGGAGCUGUCUGAGUGGCAUAACUCAUUGCUGCAGAAGCUUGGUGAUGGCAAAGACAGUACUGAAUUACACUCUGCUCACGUCGCGCAACCGGCUACGCUCGUGAGCCCGCAGCCGGUGAAGGCUGGCGCCAAUUCGAGUGCGAUUCAUAGCCUCGAGUCCAACUUGGAAGCGUUACCUCGGAUAAUUACGACCGGAAAUCGUACAUCGAGAGGCGUAACACCCAUACCGGCGCCUAGCUACUCAGGUCCUGGCCCCGCGUUCGAGAAAGGCGAGAAUAUGCCGCUAGAGUUGUCGGCCGGGCAGUAGCUCAGAACAUAUCACAUGGAGCCCAGCACAAGCCUAUCAGGGCUUUUUCUCUUCGGGGCUAAUUUGCUCAGCGUAGAGGUUAGACGAGACUCGUCUAGCAGCUA